GGAGCCUACGCAGCUCGUCUGGUGGGUCGUUCCAAACAGUCGGAGGUUUGACCCAAGUUCGCUAAAUAAUCCGAACACUGGUUCCCUUCGCGGAGAACGUGAGAGACGCUAAUCUCUCUGAAGGCUGCCAUAAGCACUUUGCUAUCCGAGAUCAGCGUAGAAGAGUCUGAAUCACUGCCCAGAUCAUUCUCGAACCCUCAUUCCGUAGAGACGAAGAAGCAGAAGUCAGGGUCUCGGGGAAAGAUUUGAGCUUUUCGUGCUCAUUGGCCUUGUAUCUGCCACUCGACUCGGUCAAUUGGGAAUGGCUACUAAUACCUGUGAAUUUGGGACCAUUGUGGAUGAUCAGAAGGGUAGAUACCAAUGCAAUUAUUGUGGCAAAGUUGUUAGUGGCAUCCAUCGUCUUAAAUGCCACUUAGGAGGAGUCAGUGGAGGUGUUACUCAUUGUUUGCAGGUUCCUGAAGAUGUGAAGGAAAUGCUGAGAACUGAGUUACUGGAGAAGAGAUUUGGAAAUGCAAUGAGGAAUGUUGGGGAGCUUAACGAGCCGAACCUUCCAUUGAAGAGGAACAGGCAGGACAGUCCUGCCAGGCUUGACAAACAAGACAGCAUUCAAAAUUCUGGCAAUGUGAUAGCCCCGGUUGUUCCCAGAGGACGAGUGGACUCACCAGCUGAAGGUAGUGGUGUUGGUGUCAAUGAUUCAUCAUUAAGAAAAUCCCAGAAAAGUAUUGGCAGGUUCUUUUAUGAAACAGGAGUUGACUUCAGUGAAAUCAAAUCACCUAGCUUCCCGAUGAUGAUAAAAUCUAUCAAUGGCCCUUUGAAUACAAUGGAACUUCCUACUUGUAAUGAUUUGAAAGGGUGGAUCCUUCAGGAUGCGGUGAAAGAGAUGCAAGAGUAUGUAUCUGAUAUCAAGAGUGUAUGGGCAACCACAGGAUGUAGCAUCUUGUUAGACGGAUGGGUAGAUUCAAAGGGUCGAAAACUUGUUAAUGUCCUAGUAUAUUGCCCAAAGGGCACAGUUUAUCAUCAAUCCUAUGAUAUUUCAGCAAUUGAUGGUAAUGUUGUCGCAAUGGAAGAUUUUUUGGAUAGUGUUAUUGAGGAUGUUGGAGCUGAUAAUGUGGUUCAAAUUGUCUCGUGCUCAACAUCAACUUUCAUGGAGGAUGUAGGGAAGAGACUGAACCAAAAGCAUAAGAGAAUUUUUUGGACUGUAAGUACUUCUCAUUGUAUAGAACUCAUGUUAAACAAAUUUGCAAUGAUGGAUGCCAUCAAGGAAAUAUUGGAAAAGGCAAAAGCUAUUACACAAUUUGUUUACAGCAAUGAGGAUGUCCUGAAACUUGCAAGAAAGUUUUGCUCGACUGACUUAGUUAAGCCUUCCAAGAUAAAGUCAAUAGUUCCGUUCCUUACCCUGGAGAACAUGGUCAUGGAGGACGAAAACUUGCAAAAGAUGUUUCACUCAUCGGGUUGGAAAUCCUUAGUUUGUGCUUCUACCGUGGAGGGGCAAAGCAUUGCUGACUUGGUGGCGGAUCAAACUUUUUGGGAUGGAGCUUUGAUGGUCUUAAAGGCCACUAUUCCGCUGGUGACAGUUUUGAAAUUGAUCGGUAGAAGUAAUAAGCCAGAAGUAGGUUCUCUAUAUGACACAAUGGACGAUGCUAAGGAGACAAUCAGAUUAGAAUUCCAGAAGAGGGAAUCCCAAUACAUACCAUUCUGGGAAGUAAUAGAUGAAAUUUGGAACACGUAUCUUCACAGCCCUCUCCAUUCUGCAGGAUACUUUUUGAACCCUAAUCUUUUCUAUUCAGAUGACUUCUUCGCUGAUCCAGAAGUUUCAUGUGACCUCUGUUGCUGCAUUAUCCGUAUUGCAGCGAAUCUUAGCUUUCAGGAUUCGAUUAUGCUGCAGAUUGACAAGUACCGGAUGGCAAAGGGUGAUUUUGGCUUAGGCAGUUCCGAGCUGGAAAAGAUUCAUCCAGCACUUUGGUGGUCAAAGUAUGGAGACGAAUGCCCUGAAUUACAAAAGAUGGCUGUCCGGAUCCUGAGUCAGACCUGUGAUGGGGCUUCAAAAUAUAAUCUAAAGAGGACACUGGCAGAGGCAUUGCUCACUGAAGGGAGAAAUCAGAUUGAACAGAAGAGGCUGAGGGAUCUGGCUUUUGUUCACUACAAUCUGCAGUUACAAAAUUUUAAGCCAGAUGUCUGCAAUGACUUCUCAGAUGAGGAGAUUGACCCGAUGGAUGACUUGAUAGUGAAAAGACGGCAUGGUUCACCGAUCAGGAAUGAAGAACCAGUGCCGAUAGAGCUCGAUUCUGAAGAUUCAACUAGAGAAGAUUCUGAAAAUUCAACUAGAGAAGAUUCUGAAGAUUCAACUAGAGAAGAUUCUGAAAAUUCAACUAGAGAAGAUUCUAAAGAUUCAACUAGACAGGAUUCUGAAAAUUCAACUAGAGAAGAUUCUGAAAAUUCAACUGGAGAAGAUUCUGAAGAUUCAACUAGAUAAGGGGUCAUUUGAAAAGAUAGGGCAAUUCUCGCGAUUUGGUUGGUGACGUAAUUUAUCUGUAGAUUAUGUAAGUGCAAACGGCAGUCUUCCGUGACCAUAAACAUAGCAGUUGAACAGACCAGUUUCAUACUCACUGGAUUUAGUUGGUGUUUGGUUAGUGUUAAUUGUUUUGACCAUUGAGAAUUCACAUGUUUGGCAGAAUUAUGGAUUGCUCAAAAGUUAAAGGAAAUGAUAACUUUGAAGAAUGUUUUUG